AUGGCGUUCGCUCUGGCGUGCUUGGCGUUGCCGGCCAUGCCACCUGCAUCCGCAAAUGACGGAGGGAUACUGUAUGUCCCGUCCGCUGCCACCAUAGCUAGUCACUGCCCCUCCAGCUGCGGGGACAUCAACAUCUCCUACCCCUUCGGCAUAGGGGCCGGCUGCUUCCGACAAGGCUUCCAGUUCGAGCUUACUUGCAACCACACCACUCAACCUCCAAAGUUGUUUCUGGGUAACAGCACAAUUCAGAUUACUGACAUUUAUGGUUCCUCGGUAUACAUCCCAACUAUGUUCUUCAACAGUAGCUUGGAAGAAUCUGGUACGAACACCCACAAUAUAUCUUGGAAUGCCCCCGCCAAGGGUAUUACUAUCCCCCGUUAUAUGACUUUCUUCUUCCUUGGCUGCGAUUUUGAUGUUGACUUGUUUGACUCUGUGAGGAACCCUAUCGGCACCUGCAUGAGCAGGUGCCACGGCAAGGUAUUGCCGAAUCAAGGGCCUUGCUUUGGGGUUGGUUGCUGUUCCAUCAUUCUACUAAACGACAUCUCAGGCUUUCAGGGAGCAAUUGUUCGGGCUGGUAAUAUGGCAGCACAGUCAGAUCCUCGGCACCCUGGCAUCAUGGCUUUCAUAUCAGCAGGAGGUUACAUCUCCAAUGCGACUGAUCUUUUCUCAAGUUGGACAAAUGCAAGCAAGAUUUAUCACACUGCACUUGAGGUUGCCAUCAUGGACCAACCAAGCUGCGAAAGCGCGCAGAUGAACAACGCAAGUUAUGCUUGUGCCACUGACAGCUAUUGCCAAAAUGAGUCAUAUGGAGGGUACAGCUGCUACUGCUACAAUGAUAAUAAUAUUUAUUACACAGCCAAUGCUUACCUUUCCGAAGGAUGCAUGCAACAAUUGUAUUUAGAUUACAACCCCAAGCCCAUUCCCUUCCCUUUCGGGCUUGAAGAAGAUUGUUCAUGCCGCAGUGAAAACAGUGAUUGCAAAAACGUGAUCCAUGGGAAAACAUUUAUGGGAUAUCGUUGCAAGUGUUCUACUGGCUACACAGGAAAUCCAUACAUACAGGACGGCUGCACAGAUAUUGAUGAAUGCUCACUGCCAAACUACUGCAACGGUACAUGUGAAAACCUUCCUGGAAGCUAUAUGUGCACACCGUGCUCUCAUACCCAAGAAUUUGAUUUCAUCAAGCGGCGUUGUGUUACAUCAGCUAAGCAACGAAAUCUUCUUUUAGGUAUUGCAAUUGGAACUGCAGUUGGUUGUGGCCUUGGCUCCAUAUUUAUUGGAUUGGGUGUAAUUCUACUUGCCAAUAAGUGGAAGAAAGGCAUCCAAAAGAGACUUCGGCGAGCAUACUUCAAGAAAAAUCAAGGUUUGCUAUUGGAGCAACUGAUCUCAGAUGAAAGCGCUGCAAGCAAAACAAAGAUAUUCUCAUUGGAGGAACUAGAGGAGGCGACUAACAACUUUGAUGCUACUCGUGUUCUUGGUUGUGGAGGACAUGGAACAGUUUAUAAAGGGAUUCUAUCAGACCAACGUGUGGUGGCCAUAAAAAAAUCCAAAAUAGUGGAGCAAACAGAGAUAGACCAAUUUAUCAAUGAAGUUGUCAUUUUGUCCCAAAUCAUCCAUCGUAAUGUGGUGAAACUGUUUGGUUGCUGCCUAGAAGAUGAAGUUCCCAUGCUUGUCUAUGAGUUCAUUUCAAAUGGCACUCUGUAUGAACUUCUUCACACGGAUACUACAGUAAAAUGCUUGCUUUCAUGGGAUGAUCGCCUGAGGAUUGCAAUGGAAGCAUCCGGGGCUCUGGCUUAUCUACACUCAGCAGCUACAAUACCAAUUUUUCACAGAGAUGUCAAGUCUUCAAAUAUACUCUUGGAUGACAACUUCACCACAAAGGUUUCAGAUUUUGGUGCUUCAAGAUCUCUUUCACUUGAUGAGACCCAUGUGGUGACAAUUGUUCAGGGAACAUUUGGUUACUUGGAUCCAGAGUAUUAUCAUACCGGUCAACUAACGGAGAAGAGUGAUGUAUACAGUUUUGGAGUAAUACUUGUGGAACUCUUGACAAGAAAGAAGCCAAUUUUUAUUAAUGAUUUAGGUGCAAAGCAAAGUUUGUCCCAUUUCUUCAUUGAAGGACUUCACCAAGGGUCUCUUAUUGAAAUAAUGGAUACUCAAGUUGUGGAAGAAGCAGACCAGGAAGAGAUUAGUGAAAUUGCCUCACUUGCAGAAGCAUGCUUAAGGGUAAAAGGAGGAGAGCGACCGUCUAUGAAAGAAUUGGAGAUGAGGUUGCAAUUCUUAAGAACAAUGAGGCUGAGAAAAAGACAUCAUUUACCCGAAAAAGAUGGAGAUAUUGAGCCUUUGCUAUGUGGAAAAUCUAAGAAGUCACUUAAACAUAUCGAUCUUAUUAAUGCUGCACAUAUACCACCUCAAGAGACCUCGAGAUGCUACAGUUUGGAACAAGAAUUUGUAUCUUCGUUUAGGCGACGCUAA